AUGAUGCAGGUUGGUGAACAGACGCAGACAAUGGUAAGACCCGACCUCUGUAUAUGGACAUCAAGGACUCUUUAUACAGGGAGGAUGAGAAACACUUUUUCAGCAUUGUUCCUCUGUCUGAUGAUUGGAACAAGCCAGGGUUAUUGGAGCUAUGAGACGCGGCAGAGUCAAUCAUUCAAAGAGCUGGAGACAGAAUUUGGUAAAGAAAGAGUUAAAAGGCAGCUGUCAUCUCAGAAUGAAUAUUAUUACGGGGACAUCACUCUGGAAGGAUAUGACGUUAAAAAUGCUAUAGCUAAUUACCCUAGCCUAUCCGCCUCCUACACAUUACUCAUCAAUUCUACCUUAUCUCUGACCCUGACACAGAUCACCAUCACCACAGACUGUAAUGUGACCGAUACAGGGAAGAUGUGUGUCUGUAAGAACGGAUACACCUGGAACAUCACUGUAUGUUAUACAUAUAGUCCUUGUAACAAUUCUGCCCCCUUUUGUUCCUGUCUGAUUAUCCCGGAUUACCAGAUUCCCUAUUGUGAGAGUCCAAAAAACAUUUCUGACUAUAGAGUUCACAUGAAAGGAAACAUUACCCUGAAUAAAACAUUUACAAAAGAUCUCUUAGACCCAACCUCCGUAACAUACAAAGCACUGGAAUCCAAUAUAACCCUCACUCUCCUGAAUGUCUAUACACAGACGUGCGAUCCUCUGGAUGUGUCGGUGAAGGGAUUCAGUCCAGGAAGCGUUGUGGCCAACUACAGCAUGGAAGUGUCGGGUCCCCUGUCUGCUUCUCAGAUCUCAUCCAGUAACACUAUGGUCCUACAGUCACUUCCUGACGCCAUUUCAUCUCAACUCUCCACAGCAGGAGUGGCAUACAUUGAGCCCAUGGAUCUGGAGGUGAAUUACUUGGCCCCCAUCCACCUGACCUGCCAAAUAAAUGAAACUGUAAAUAAUGUGAACUGGUCUCUGACUACUACCAGUAAUAAUACGAAUAUGAUUUAUAGUGGUGGAAAUAACGUGGACAUCUCAGUACAGAUCCAGCCGAAGAAAACCAUAUCUGUUCUCCACAUUAAGACGGCAGAUGUCUGGUGGGAAGGGACAUAUAUUUGCAUGUUUUUCAAUGACACCCUGGUACACAAAGCUAAAGCAAUGGUCAACGUUACGCUACUCCCAGCUGAGAUCACGGUGAACCCCUUACAGAAGACUUUGACCCCAGGAGACACUUCAGGGAUAGUGUUGGAAUGCUGCGUGCCAUUUGAUGGUGAAGAGUACAAUGUAUCCUGGACUUACAAUAAUGUAACACAAAGCGCACAGCCUGGUAAUAGGAUAGACAUGAGAUGUUACUCGCUGGCUCCUUGGCGUCCAACUAAUGACACAAACUUUACCUGUACAUUCACAAAUAUCGCUGGACAGCAGAAGGAGUCUUAUAUCCCUGUGGCUGUAAUACAAGCUGGGGACACAUAUUGUACAACUGACACAAACUAUGGCGUGAUCUGGAAUAUUACAAAAGCUGGCAUGUCAGCCAUUGCAACCUGCCCUCCUGGGAAAUCUGGAUAUCUGACCCGGGAUUGUUCUGCCAAUGGAACGUGGCUGAUGGUGGAGGACGACUGUAUAAACCAGAUCUUGAAGUCAGCUCUAGCUAGUGUUCAGACCCUGGAAGACGGUCUUGGGAACUCACAAGAAAAAGUACCAGGAAUAAUCCAACAGAUGUCCAACAGUAGUGGGACAUCUAUUACCAAUACAGCAGAGGUGUCCACCUUGGUAUCCAUAUUAGAAACCAUCUCCAGAAUAGCAUCAGAUCUCAAUAACUCAUUUGAUUUUGAUGUAGUUACAGGUUUUCUCGAAGUCGCCAGCAACCUCACAGACCCUAACUAUACAACUCUGUGGAAAGGUCCCAAAAGUCCUCCAGCUUCUACAGUGCUGCUGUCAGUAGAGCGUUUUUGCCAGCUUUUGCGUGUAGACAAUGGCUCCUUUGAUAUUGAUCUAGAAAAUAUUCAGUUAAAAGGCAGUGCCUAUGAAAGGGGGCAAACUGGACAAGACUAUAUGAAGACCUUUGACCAGCUUGGUGUCAGCAUGUCCAUUGAUCAGCACACUAUAUCUUCCCUUCUACAAAACAAUGAAGUCAAGAUCACCAGUGUGGCCUUCACCACCAUCGGGAGCCUCCUACCAAGUAAAAGUGAGACGUUUAUGGAUUCCCAAUUAAAUAGCCAUGUUCAGUCAACAUCUAUACGACUUUCAGAUUCCACCUCUGUUUCUUCUAGUAUCUCAAUGUCUUUUAAGACAAACCUAUCAGAUAGGAGGUAUUCUCAACAUUGUGUUUUCUGGGACUUCUCUCUACAACGUUCUGGUGGGGAUUGGUCAGAUGUUGGUUGCACCUCGAGAGUGGAGAAUAAUACAACCUACUGUAGCUGCAGCCACCUGACCUCUUUUGCAGUACUUAUGUCUAUUGAUGUUGUAUCUUUGCCACUGAUAGAGGAAAUAACCUAUGUUGGACUUGGUGUCUCCAUAUUUUCUCUCUUUAUCUGUGUCCUGGUUGAGUGGUAUGUAUGGAAAGUCGUAGUGAGGUCAAACAUCUCGUAUUUUCGCCACAUGUCCUUGGUCAACAUUGCAAUGUCUCUACUUUGUGCGGACAUCUGCUUCUUGUCUUCGUCAUUUCCUUCCGUCACCACCACAAAGCUCAUCUGCCUCUCAAUAACCUUCUUAAACCAUUUCUUCUACCUUGCCCUGUUCUUCUGGACCUUUGCCCAGAGCAUUAUGCUCUUGCAUCAGUUGAUCUUCGUCUUCCACCAUCUAAGAAAGACAGUUUACAUUUCCCUAUCAUUUCUUGUUGGGUAUUUGAUCCCAGCCAUCAUAGCCGCAGGCACAUUUAUGUAUUUCUACCCCAAAGGUAGGUAUAGACACGAAACACUGUGUUGGUUGAAUCCAGCAAGUGGGGCCAUCUAUGCAUUCGCAAUACCAGCUGGAUCCAUUAUUGUCUUCAAUUUUCUUACUCUACUGGUUGUCAUUUCCAAGUUAUCCCGUCCUUCUGUUUCUGAUAAGAACCAUCCAGAAGACAGGGAUACGGCUAAGAGCAUCUUGAAGGCCAUCCUGGUUCUGACCCCUGUUUUUGGAUUGACUUGGUCCUUUGGAUUUGCUCUGCUGACAGACCUUGAUUACUUGUCCAAACAGAUAUUUACAUAUGGAUUUUCUGCAAUGAACGCUUUCCAGGGUUUCUUUAUCCUAAUAACUUGCAUCACAGAAAGAAAGGUGCGAGAUGUGCUCUUCAACAGGCGAUCUUCAUCUCAAACGUCCACAACCGCCACGACAAUGUCCACCACUGAGGACCGCGGCAAGAUGACAGCCUCAGUAAGGAAGAAGAAAUGAUGAGGAGACAUGUUACCUCCCCUCACUAAUCUGUAUCAUCACUUCAAUUAAAGAUGUAGAGUCCUAAUAAAUAAAAUGUACAGAAUAUUCCUUUAUAUCUUCAUGAUUAUUAAUUUGAAAAAUGAAGUGUGCAAUCUAAAAUAUAUA